GGCGAUAUGAACUUUUUGGCAUUGUUGUAUAUUAACAAUGGUACCGAAUAUCUAUCGCAUUGUUCGGCAAUCAUACUCAAUAGGGAAUGGCUAUUGACGGCAGCCCAUUGUAUUUACUGCCCAUCUAAUGAAACUGGUUGUCCACUUAACCUAUGGAUACUGGCCGGCCUGACCGAAGGUCUGGUCUAUGUUGAUAAUAAUUGGGAUAGUAUAGCCAAAUAUCCAGUGAUCGGACAAUACCCGCAUCCCGAUGCCGACUGGGCGGCCAACAGUAGUCGCAACGAUCUGGCACUGUUACGUGUCAGUCCGUGGAUGCCGAUUGGCGGCCAACUAAUCAAUUCGGUAUGUCUGCCAAAGUCGGGUAUUCUGAAUACUAGGCCCGAGUACGCCAUGAUGUCCGGCUGGGGUUUUAUCGAUCGUCAGGGCUCGGACUCGGACUGGGCACACGGUAUUGCCUAUACCCGGAUAAAACCAGCCGAUCCGGACGUUGACGCCGCCGACGAUAGACUACUAAUUAUGUCAUACAUUGAUCCCAUUGGCACCGGUGGCUAUGUUUGCGCUGGAGAUUCAGGCGGUCCACUUGUCCAGUACGUGAAUGGCCGGGCAGUCCUAAUUGGAGUACACGCCGGAUCAGCUGAUCCGCCCGAUUAUCACGGUGAUUGUGCAUCAAAUACUACCGAAGCCCAUAUGGGUUGGACACGUAUAUCAAUGUAUAUGGACUGGUUGGUAGAUGUCAUACAUAAUAGCACCGGUGAUGGUGGUGGUGGUGGUGGUGGUGAUGAUGUUAAUAAUGAUGAUAAAUCAAAAUUAUUAUGAGU